AUGAAAAGCAUGCUGGGGGAGGCGGGGAUGAGCGGAUUCAUCAAGGAACCAACCCUCUUUAGAAGCGACAAGGUUGAGGAGGAGAAGGUGGCGUCCACCGCUGAAGGACGGAAAGAGCUGGUUGAAGCUUGGAGCAGAAGAGUGGUGGUGCAAGUGUCUGAGCCAAUGCGGAAUGUUGGCGAUGAGCUUGAGUUCCUCAAGAGGAAGUGCAUCAAGACCGACGAAGGGGUUGCAAUGUUGAGCGGGGCAAAGCAUCUGGAUGGGCUGAUAGAGGCUGUGGGAAGUGUGCCAAGGGACACUCCGGCAGAUCAAUCCUUCUCAGAGAUAGACAAGAGCCCUUCCUUGAGCCCGAGCAAAGCAAAGAUCUCCAGGGAAUGCGUGGGAAGGCUUCUCUACCUGAGCCACACCCGGAGUGACAUCCAAUUUGCAGUAUGUGUCUUGGCGAGCAAGAUGUCGUGCCCCUCAGUGAUGUCCUACAAGUGGCUUCAGCGAGUCGUGGGCUACCUUGUCCGAACACCCAACAUCGGGUUCCUAAUCCGAAGCCCGAAGGCUCAUGCUUGCCUGGGAUUUCCCGGGGAUGGUAGCCUGGAGGAAGGCGGCAAGUUGGUGCUCGAGUCAGUGACAGAUGAUUGGGCUGGAUGCAAGGCCUCAAGAAGGAGCAAAAGUUCAGUUCACCUUUAUUGUGCUGGUGGGCUCUUGGCGAGCUAUGUCAGGAGCCAAAGAUCGAUAGCUCCUUCCAGUAGCGAGUCGGAGUAUAUCGCUAUGGUCAGUGGGGCUACCGAGCUUGUCUAUUUGAAGGAGUACCUUGUGUAUCUCAGCCGGGGCCAAUCAUGA